GAAACUUUUUUUUCAAAAUAGACACAUUUGUUUGAAACUUUUUUUUCAAAAUAGACACAUUUGUGUGAAACUUUUUCACGAUAUGUGAAAGAAGUUAAAAUUUAUAAUGUAUUUCAUUGCUAAAUGAAAUUAUUCUUCUAAAAUAAUGUAUCGAAGUUGUUUCUCGAAAAUAAUGAUACGUUAAAACUUGAAGCUGGAAACGCUAUGUACGUAAUGAUAAGAAUUUACACUAUCAUUGCACAUUUUUACACAUACGUAUACAAUUGUGUUGUGUAAAGUUAUGUCUAAUCAUAAGAUCAAGAUAGCCAUGAUGGCUAGUUAUUUACCUAAAAAUCAUAAUUGAGUGGUAGUUGAUACGGAUUUUAAAUAAUUUUGAAAUUUCAUAUUUUUGUUAAAUUUGUAUAAUAAUGGAAGUAUCAUGUUUGGAACCUUGUGUUCAAUUAAAACUUUCAAGAGAGGAAUUAGAAAAUACUGUAGACAAGGCUAAGGAUUGGGCCCUUAUGCAUGGUAUUAGUAUGCGGUCAAAAGUAUCCUUUAAUAAAAAUCAGGUACAAGUUUUGCCAUUUACUUUACUACCAUCAAGCUUUCCUAAGAAACAUUUUGAGAAAGUCAAAGGUAUUCAAGUAUUAUUGAAUGAAUUAAUACAUAAAGUGGCACAUAAUAAUGAUUUUUUAAUAAAAAGUUUGAAAAGUACAAUUGGUGCAGAUUCAUUUACAGCAAAAUUGUUUAAUAUAUAUGAAACUGUAUAUAAAGAAGGAUUUAAUCAAACAGUAAGUCUUGGUUUACUUCGAUCUGAUUACAUGUUACAUGCGAAUCAGAUUAAGCAAGUUGAGUUAAAUACUAUUGCAAGUAGUUUUGGAGGAAUAGUUACAAUUACUUCUCAAUAUCACAAAUAUAUCUUAUCAGAAUUAGGAUACACAGAUAAAAUAAAAAAUAUUCCAGAAAAUAAUCCAAUUAAUGGAUUAUGUAAAGGGCUAACAUAUGCAUGGAAAUUGUAUGAUAAUAAAAAGGCUGUAAUAUUAUUCGUUGUUGAAAGUGUCACUUAUAAUAUAUGCGAUCAGAGAUUUCAUGAAUUUGAAAUUUCUAAAAUUAAUCCUGAUAUUAAAGUGAUAAGAAAAAGUUUAAAAGAUUUAGUAUCUGAAGCAAGGCUGGGACCAAACAAACAGUUAAUAGUUGGAGAGUUAGAAGUUUCUGUAGUUUAUUUUCGUUCUGGUUAUGAAGUUGAAGCUUAUCCUACUGAACAAGAAUGGGAAAUUAGAUUAUUAAUCGAACGUUCUAAAGCUAUAAAAUGUCCAUCAAUACAAUAUCAUCUAGCUGGUACUAAGAAGGUACAACAAUCUCUAGCUUAUUCUAAUGCGCUCAAUGUAUUUUUAAAAGAUGAUAAUAUAAUAAAACAAAUACAAGAGAUAUUUGCUGGACUUUAUUCUUUAGAAUUUAAUAAUGAAACAGAAAGUGUAAUUGAUAAUGCUAUAUUACAUCCAAAAAAAUAUGUAUUGAAACCACAAAGAGAAGGAGGUGGAAACAAUGUGUAUGAUAAAGACAUAAAGUUACGUUUAGAAUCUAUGAGAAAUUCAGAGGAAAGAACAGCUUGGAUAUUAAUGGAUCGUUUUUAUCCUCCCGUGCAAAAGAAUUAUAUUGUAUGUGCUCGUAAUGAGCCAUUUGAAGAAAAUCAUUUACAUUUUUCUAAUGUUGUAUCAGAACUUGGUAUAUAUGGUGUCGUUAUAGGAAAUCAUGAUAAUAUUAUAUAUAAUGAAGAAGUAGGUCAUAUUUUGAGAACAAAACCAUCAAAUGAAAAUGAAGGUGGAAUAGCAGCUGGAAUCGGUGCUAUUGAUAGUCCUUAUUUAAUUAGUUAAUAUAGAAGAUAUGUGGCAAACCAGAAAUACAAUUAAUCUCAUUUCGGUGAUCGAACGAUGGAUUUUGAAAAUGAAUACUGCAAGUAAAAUAGAAAACUUAAUAUUUCUAACUAAAAAUGAAUUAUCGAUAAAUUUA